CACAGUUUCAGCUCAUUCAAUUCCUACAAGGUCCUCUCUCUCCUCCACUCUGCUCAAACACGAUUUUUUAGAUUCCCAUAAUCUCGUUGGGUUCCUGCAUUGUGAUCGAUCAAUUCAUAUACAAAUGCAUCUUUACAUACAUCAUAAAAAGGUUCUAAAUUUAUCAGCUACAAGAAAAAACUACAGUUUCUGAAGUAAAAAAAUGCAAGUUUUCCAUCUGGGUUUUCUUCUAUCUUCGCUCUAACACUAAUUUCUCAUCCAAAUUCAUCAUCAUGGACUUCAUGAAAGAGAAGCAAGUCAGGUUUUACACCGGCGAAAAUGGAAAGUCAAACUUCGAACAUUCAUGGCAAAUCCCAGAAAAGCAAAUACCAGAACACAAGAUUUCAUCAGCCCCAUUGCUAAUGAAUGGCGCUAAAAGUCAUAUGGGUGUUAUUAAAUUGGGGAAAUCGAGAGUUCACCCAGAAGAAGCCACCGAUUUAAACGGAAAAAGGUCGGAUUUCUUCAUUGAUCUUGUUGCCACUUUGCCUCUUCCUCAGAUUGUGAUAUGCUCUCAAAUCAUUAAAGCUACAGGAGUUGUCACCAAAACUGCUUGGGCUGGAGCUGCUUAUAAUCUUGUGUUGUACAUGUUAGCUAGUCAUGUUUUAGGGGCAUCAUGGUACUUGUUGUCUUUUGAAAGACAUGCAACAUGUUGGAAAUCCACAUGCAGAAAUGAUGAUGUUUCAAUGAAAUGUUUUCUUCCUUAUUUGGAUUGUGGUUCUUCAAAUGAUGAUGAAAGGGUAAAAUGGGCAAAUGGGACAAAUCUUUUUGGUAUUUGUGAUCCUGAUAACCCUCAAGGUUUUAAUUAUGGGAUAUUUGGAGAUGCUGUUUCAAAAGGUGUUGUUUCCUCUAACUUUGUUGAAAAGUACUUCUACUGUUUAUGGUGGGGCUUACAAAAUUUGAGUUCGUAUGGACAAAAUUUGUCCACAAGCACAUAUAUUGGAGAAACAUCUUUUGCCAUACUCAUUGCCAUUAUGGGGCUCGUAUUAUUUGCACAUUUAAUUGGAAAUAUGCAGACCUACCUACAAUCUAUCACAGUAAGGCUCGAGGAGUGGCGGCUGAGGCGGCGGGACACCGAGGAAUGGAUGAGGCACCGCCAGCUCCCAAACGACUUACAAGAACGUGUCCGAAAGUUCGUACAGUAUAAAUGGGUCGCAACACGCGGAGUCGAUGAAGAAUCUAUUUUACGAGCUUUACCUUCCGAUCUACGUCGAGAUAUCCAACGCCACUUGUGUCUCGAUCUCGUUCGACGUGUCCCGUUUUUCUCACAAAUGGAUGAUCAACUACUUGACGCGAUAUGCGAGCGAUUAGGCUCGUCAUUAAGCACCCAAGGCACGUUUAUAGUACGGGAAGGCGAUCCAGUUUCGGAAAUGCUUUUUAUCAUUCGGGGAAGACUCGAGAGUUCAACAACUAACGGAGGCCGAACUGGUUUUUUCAAUUCGAUUACUUUACGGCCGGGUGAUUUUUGUGGCGAAGAGUUGCUUGCGUGGGCCCUACACCCGAAAUUGACCCUAAAUUUACCAUCUUCAACGAGAACCGUAAAAGCCCUAAGUGAAGUGGAAGCGUUUGCAUUAUGCGCCGAGGAUCUAAAGUUCGUUGCUAAUCAGUUCCGGCGAUUACAUAGUAAAAAACUUCAACACACGUUUAGGUUUUACUCGUAUCAUUGGCGGACAUGGGCGGCUUGUUUUAUUCAGGCGGCGUGGAGGCGGAUUAAGAAGCGGAGAAUGGCGUGGAAUCUUAGUAUGAGUGAAUCGUCGUAUAGGCCCGAUGAUGAUGACGAUGAUGAUGAGCGGAUGCGUGAAAUGGACCACCAUGAGGAGGCGGCAGCGGAGGCGGUGUAUGAUCGGAAUCCGGCGAAGCAGAAUUUGAAUGUUACGAUAUUGGCGUCGAGAUUUGCAGCUAAUACGAGGCGAGGGAUGUUGAAGACGAAGGAUGUUGAGUUGAUUAAGUUACAGAAGCCGGAUGAACCUGACUUCUCAGCCGAUCCUGAUGACGAUUAG